AUGAUCGGCCUCCGUUCCUCAUCGCCAGCCUCCUGGCUUAAAACGUUCUCUACCGCAACCCUCAUAGUCGCUAUCUCGACCCUCGCAAUCUGGCUUCUCUUCCCGCUCAUCGGUCUUCUAUUUCCCGCUCUGCAAACUGUCUUCUACUUCAUCGCAGUAUACGGCGCCUACCCCGAGCAAAACUUCAUCUCUUCCUCCGUGAUUGGCCCGCGACCGAGUCACAUCCGAUGGGACGCUCGAUGCGACACCGGCGUCAUCCUGCUUACCCCCAACGGCCCCUCGGUCUCCCGCCCCGGCCCCAUGAUUUUGGAUUCCCGCGGUCAACUCGUUUGGCAGAGCACGGAAGAGGCUUUCGCCGCAGCAGCGAAUUUUAAAGUUCAGCAGUAUCGCGGUGGGGAGUAUUUGACAUUUUGGGCGGGCAAGAAGGCGGGAAGUCAGGGGAAAGGGAAAUUUUAUAUGCUCGACUCGUCGUAUGAGAUUUCUCAUGUCGUCGAUGCCGUCGGAGAGGGUCUCCACGGCGAUUUACAUGAAUUCAAAAUCACACCUGAGGGUACUGCGUUGAUCACUGUCUAUCAUACCAUCGAGGCACCUGAGUUGGAUACCAGACAUGGGCUUUUCGGUCUCGAGCGAAACUGGUUCGUGGACAGCAUACUCCAGGAGAUCGACAUCUCAACGGGUACGCUGUUAUUCGAAUGGCGCGCCUCGGACCAUUUCCUCCCUGAGGACUCCUAUUAUUUCAGCCCUUUUGCGGGCUACUCUUCGCACCACCCCUACGAUUACUUCCACCUCAACAGCAUCGACAAGUACGACGAGGGCAAUUACCUCAUCUCCUCUCGCCAUACGCACACCAUCACAUGUAUCGAUCCUUCAGGCGAGGUCUCGUGGAUCCUCGGGGGCAAAAAGAACCAAUUCCUCGAUCUCAGCGUCGAUCGGAAAGCGACAUCCUUCAAAUGGCAGCAUGACGCCCGAUGGCACCCAGCCUCAUCCUCAUCGCCAAAGCGAAGCCCUGGAGAAAUCUUAAUCACCCUCUUCGACAAUGGCAAAGCCGGUCCCCUCAACAUCGACGCCCCGCAAAGUCAGGGCCUCCUCCUACACCUCGACAUCCGGAAUCGCACCGCGACAGCCCUACAAUCCUACAUCUCGCCUACAAACAUCCUAUCAUCUUCGCAGGGCUCCGUGCAAAUCCUCCCUUCCUUCUUCCCCGUCGAAGACGAAGAAGAGAAGAAAGGACACGAAAGCCAUGUCUUCAUCGGCUGGGGCUCCUCCACCGCCUACACCGAAUUCCUACCAAACGGCACAGUCCUCUGCGAAACCCACCUUGCGGCUUCCAUGCUGUUUUCUUGGGAGAGGGUGAAGUCUUAUCGUGCGAUCAAGGUCAUGGACACUCUAGCAGAAGCCUUCCAGGACCUGCAAUUAAAAGCUUCACAGCUGCAGGAUGCCAACAUCGAUGACAUCUUGGACCAAGUCAAGCCUCGAAAGCGUGUGCGAAAAUCACCCGAAGAGAUCAAAGCCGCCCUACAAGAGGAAUUCUUGACGCCCACCACCUCGUUCACGCCAGAAUGGCUCGACCGUCUCCAGCAACGUUGGGAUUCACCCGUGAACCACACGGAACUCUUCGCGCUCGGCCCGACACAGACCAGGACAAUCAUUCGAUUCACUCGCGAGGGUCUCGAUGGUCGUGUGACCGGCUACAAGGAAGUCACUGUCCCUGCGAAUAGUGCCACUGCGAAGAACUCGACUUCGUUGUUGCGUAAACCCGCGAAUCGUGCAGACUUUGUCCGAGGUGCGGCGGGGUUCUUUCCUUUUGCUCCAGGUGGCUUGGAUGCUGUUGAAGCUACCGCCGCAGCGGAGGAUGAGUAUCUCCAGCGCAGUGGCAAUGGAGCUGCGCAGAGAUCGAAUAGACUUACGCGGGUCAUUGAUCCGACUGCUGAGGGUGGUCUACUGGAGGUCCCGCCUGGGUUCAAUCGAGGGCUGGUCGCCACUAUCAAGUCUACAACACAAGAUGAUGAAGCCGCCAAGGAAGUGGAAGCUGUCCUAGAAGAAGAAACCGAGGAGCCCGAGGUGGAAGGCGUACAGCUGCCCGAAGACAGUGGCCGCGCUGCGGAUGAAGAAGACUCUGAUGGCGAGGAGGAAGAAGUCGACGCCCUACUCCCGAUCGAAUUCCCUGCUCUGGCGGCUCACGGCCCUCUAGCUACUGCAAGGAACAAGCAUGGUGGACGAGAAUGGGCGCACAUGGUGGAUGUCAACCGCGACAUUACCAAUUUCCAUGAGCUUGUGCCAGAAAUGGCGCGGACCUGGCCUUUCGAGCUAGACACGUUCCAGAAGGAAGCCGUAUAUCACCUGGAAAGUGGCGACUCGGUCUUCGUUGCUGCGCAUACUUCUGCGGGAAAGACGGUCGUGGCUGAGUAUGCCAUCGCGCUGGCGGCGAAGCACAUGACCAAGGCAAUUUACACGUCCCCCAUCAAAGCUUUGAGUAAUCAGAAAUUCCGCGAUUUUCGGAACGAGUUUGACGAUGUGGGGAUUCUUACCGGUGAUGUGCAAAUUCGGCCAGAGGCGAGCUGUCUGAUCAUGACUACCGAGAUUCUUCGAAGUAUGCUUUAUCGAGGUGCGGAUCUCAUCCGUGACGUUGAAUUCGUCAUCUUUGAUGAAGUUCAUUAUGUGAAUGACCUGGAGCGAGGUGUUGUAUGGGAAGAGGUCAUCAUCAUGCUUCCUGAACAUGUCACUUUGAUUCUCCUGUCCGCUACUGUGCCGAACACCUAUGAAUUUGCUUCAUGGGUCGGCCGUACCAAAAAGAAGGAUAUCUACGUCAUCUCAACCCCGAAACGACCUGUACCUCUUGAGCAUUACCUGUGGGCCGACAAGAGGAUGUUCAAGAUCGUAGAUGCCCAGAAGAAUUUCAUCGAGAAGGGCUGGAAAGACGCAAAUGAUGUCAUGAGCGGACGGGACAAGAUCAUCGCGGCGGAGGCCAAGGCCAAGGAGAAGGAAGAAGCAGCCGCGGCCGCAGGUCGUGGUGGCCGAGGGGGCCGUGGAACGCCCCAACGUGGUGGUCAACAACGCGGUGGAGGAAACCAACGUGGCGCACCCGGACAGCGAGGAGGCCGUGGUCAGCCAUCCAGUCGGGGUCAAGGCAACAUCGCACGUACUGGUCGGGGAGGCGGUCGUACGACUGCGGCACAAGAUAGAAAUAUCUGGGUGCAUCUGGUGCAGCAUCUACGCAAGGAAGAAUUGCUCCCUUGCUGUAUCUUUGUCUUUUCCAAGAAACGCUGCGAGGAAAAUGCGGAUGCACUAUCGAACCUGGACUACUGUACCGCGGCGGAGAAGAGCGCUAUCCACAUGAUCUUGGAGAAGUCGUUGGCGCGACUCAAACUGGAUGAUCGACAGCUACCGCAAAUCCGACGCAUUCGAGAGCUCCUCAGUCGAGGUAUUGCAGUUCAUCACGGUGGCUUACUCCCUAUCGUCAAGGAGUGUGUUGAGAUCCUGUUUGCCAAGACUCUUGUCAAAGUUCUUUUCGCAACAGAGACCUUCGCCAUGGGUCUGAACUUGCCGACCAGGACUGUGGUGUUCUCGGGCUUCCGAAAGUAUGAUAACAAAUCAUUCCGCGACCUGCUACCUGGAGAAUACACACAGAUGGCCGGAAGAGCAGGAAGAAGAGGUUUGGACUCUGUUGGUUCCGUCAUCAUCGUAUCUCCUGGCUCCGACGAAGCACCAUCAGCGGGCCGUCUGCGACAGAUGAUGCUCGGUGAUCCGACCAAAUUACGAUCCCAGUUCCGUCUCACUUACAACAUGAUUCUCAACCUCCUUCGAGUCGAAGCGCUCAAGAUCGAGGAGAUGAUCAAGCGAUCGUUUUCUGAGAACGCCACUCAAGCUUUACUUCCUGAGCACGAAAACCAGAUCAAAGUGUCCGAAGCUGAUUUGGCCAAAGUCGUGCGGGAGCCGUGCGACAUCUGCGACAGGGAUAUCGAGCUUGCAUACAAAGCUGCGAGUGCUUUCCAGCAAUACACCUCCGAUCUUCAUCUCAGCAUGUUGGCCACCCCGGUCGGCCGUCGUCUGUGGCAGCCGAAACGUUUAGUCGUGUACCGGGGCAGGAAUAACAUCCGCACUGCUGGCAUUCUCCUGCGAGAAGGUGCAAGUAAGGGUAAUUCGCCUACCGUAUCUGUGCUGGAACUUUUCUCCAGAGCACAGCGGAAGAGAGCCAAUGCGGAUUUCCUACCUUACCUACCGCGAUUCCGCCAACAUUUCACCCCGUUCUCUCAGAAGGAGGAGGACGUUCAAUUCAAAGCGAUCACGGUGCCUGUCGAUGUAAUCGAAGCCUUGACCGGUACUACGUUCCAAAUGGACGUCAAUGCGGUCCAACAGAAGGACGCCGAGGCGAUGGCACUGUUGAAGAAGGAAGUCCUGGCAACAUGUUCGUCUUGGACAUCACCUAGCUGGGAUGAACUCGAUUACUACAAAUAUCUCAAGGACAUGACGAUCCGUACAUUACUCGAUGAACGGGCGGAGGUCGCGACACAAGCACAAGAGCGCGAAUGCAUCCAUUGCCCGGAGUUUCCCAAGCAUUUCGCCAUGGCACACGACCAAGGAGUCAUCAAAGGCCGGAUCGAAUCCAUCCGCCAACUUAUGUCCGACCAGAACCUGCAACUCCUUCCCGACUACCAGCAGCGCAUCUCCGUGCUCCGCGAUCUCGGCUUCAUCGACGCCAACAGCCGCGUCGAACUCAAAGGCAAAGUCGCCUGCGAGAUCCACUCCGCCGACGAACUCAUCCUCACCGAACUCGUCCUCGAAAACGUCCUCUCCGCCUACGAACCCGAAGAGAUCGUCGCCUUGCUCUCCGCCUUUGUCUUCCAGGAGAAGACCGACUCGACUCCCAACCUCACGCCAGCCCUCGAACGCGGCAUCGCCACCCUCGUCACCAUCUCCGAACGCGUCAAUCAGUUCCAGACCCUCCACCAGGUCAUCCUGGCCGCGGACGACUCCAACGACUUUGUCAGCCGGCCGCGCUUCGGGUUGGUCGAGGUGGUGUAUGAAUGGGCGCGGGGGAUGCCCUUCAGCCGCAUCACGGACCUCACGGAUGUGCUCGAGGGCACGAUCGUCCGGGUCAUGACCCGUCUGGACGAGACGUGUCGCGAGGUCAAGAACGCGGCGAGGAUCAUCGGGGACCCGACGCUGUUUGCGAAGAUGCAGACCUGUCAGGAGCUGAUCCGCAGGGACAUCUGUGCGACGGCCUCGCUGUAUAUGUAG